AUGCUCUCAAUUUUCAUAGCAUGUACUACUGCCUCAACCACUCCAUGCAGUGGUAUUUAUCUUUUUAAUCAAUCUUUGAAUUAUUGCGCGGUUGCGGAUGCGAUUACAAUUGUAGUCGCUGUGGUUGCAGCUUGUUCUAGGUGCCUCAUGUUUGUUGAAUCUGAUAUAAGUAUUCAGGCAUCAAACCCUCCUGAUUGCAAACAUCGUUGUCUAAAAUGUACUCCAUGCGUAGCAGUUCUUGUUCAAGUGCCACCAAUUGAUUCGACAGAGUCCUAUCCCGAAGCAUGGAAAUGUAAAUGUGGCGGUGUAUUAUACCCUCCAAAUGAUAUUUAG